AUGAACCGAAAGCGAGAGCAAGUAGCCGCCUCGACGUUGGUGUUUUAUGGCCAAGCAGCUAAAAAAACGGCCUUUUUGAAUCCAAUGCGCAUCUUGAGCCAUAUAGUCGAAGACACUAUCAUCAGGCCUCGGUUCAUCGGGUACGGUCAUAUAUGGGGGUGCCAAACAACAAAAUUAGCUGUAUGUUGCACUUCGGGAGUUGCGAGUCUCGCAUACGCGUCUUGCUCUCAAACUAAGCUGCAGGCUCAAAUGGGGUUCACCGCGGCGACUCGACCGGUUCCCGUCGAAUUGGGUCGAAUAAAGCCAUAG